UUGAUUGUGAAGACUCACAAGCUUUUGUUCACGAAAUCAACUGACUGGCAAUUUUGGAGAAGAAACUAGAUCAACUCAGUUGUUUUGAAGUGCUAUUAGCUUCUUUGGGAGACGUUUGCUUCACGUAUUGCACUUAUAUAGAGCUUCUCUUUAUUGGGAUCAAAUAUGUCGAAGGACACUCCCGAUCCACUUUACGAUGUGAAAACUGCUUUCUACGUUGGCAAUUAUCAGCAAUGCAUAGCAGAGGCUCAGUCAUUGAAGGCUGCUGACGCUCCCACAGCCGUGCGACGUGAUGUCUACCUCUACCGUGCAUACUUGGCUCAGAGGAACUAUGCUGUCGUGUUGGACGAAGUAACGCGGAGCUCUGCGGCGGAGGUGCAGGCCGUACGCCAGCUCGCUCAGUACCUACAUAGCCCAUCGAAAAGGAACAGUGUUCUGGAGGACAUUGAGGGUCAACUCAAGGCAGGUGUUGAUACCACCAGUGACACCAUGUUUAUUGUCGCGGCCGCCAUCUAUGCCCACAGAAAGGACUAUGGCACUGCACUGAAGACUCUGCACCAAACCCAAUCUCUUGAAUGCUCAGCUCUCACUGUGCAGUACCUGCUGGCUAUUGACUGCGUUUCUGCUGCUGUAGCGGAGGUCAAGAGAAUGAUGGAUGAGGAUGAGUACUUUGUUCUCACUCAGUUUGCACAAGCAUGGGUACACAUGUCAGUGGGCGGUGCUAAGAUCCAGGAUGCAUUUUACAUCUUCCAGGAGGCCAUUGAUCGUCAUGGAACGACUGCCUACCUUCUCUCAAAUCAGGCUGCGUGCAAGAUUCACGAAGGCCAGUAUGAAGACGCUACGGGACUCUUACAAGAUGCCCUGGAGAAGGAUUCCAAUUCUCCCGAAGUGCUUGUCAAUCUUAUCGUGGUGAGCAGUAAGAUGGGAAAACCAGUUGAGGUGACCCGACGCUACAUCUCACAGAUGAAAGACACGCAUCCCGACCAUUAUUAUACCGUAGAAUAUCUUGAGAAGGAUGAUGCAUUUGAUCGGCUAGCAAAUAAUUUCAGUGCCAAGGUCUCCACGUAAGCACGGCCUACACGCCACGUGUCCACUGCAAGGUCACGUUGACUAGUGACAGCAGCGUGUCCUUAUGACCCCCAUCUGAAAUCGCCUACGAGCGCCACGACCACUCUGUGUAUAUUGCCAUGCACCGCGCCAACCACCGACGCGAUGUGGCCACGUGUCUACACGUGUACAUGCUCUGGAAGCGCAUGCCUGGCUGCCGCGCGGCCCGUAGUGGCUUUGUUUUCGCUUGCGCGCUGGCCCAUGCCUAGUUCCUUUGCUCUAUAUCCCGCUGAAUUCCGCCACGCUAUGACCGUAAUCGUGUAACAUCUAGCAUGACGUUUGUGCCCGUCCAUCUUUUUUUCUUUUUUGUUCUCGUGCUACUGACAAUACCAUUCUUCUCGCUAUGUUUCCCUGUGUACAGUAAGUCUCUCUUCCCCCGAUGAUUGUCCACCCUGAGUUGUAUGCAUGCACUCGCUCUGUGAUCAGUUGUAACUGCCCGUGUGUUUUUUUUAGUUCACUUGUAUUAAAGCUGUAAUGCAUAAUUAUUUUUUUUGAGCAUAACAAACCAGCGAGUUGUAAACUACCGGUAUUUUACGACUCGCUGAUAUAAACAUUGCA